CAUCAAUGUAUCAUUAAAGCACCAAAACUGGCACUUCAAUGGACAAUCAAAUCACCAGAGCUAGUCCGUCAAUGUAUCAUUAAAGCACCAAAACUGCUAGUCCAUCAAUGUAUCAUUAAAGCACCAAAACUGGCACUUCAAUGGACAAUCAAAUUACCAGAGCUAGUCCGUCAAUGUAUCAUUAAAGCACCAAAACUGGUACUCCAAUGGACAAUCAAAUUACCAGAGCUAGUCCGUCAAUGUAUCAUUAAAGCACCAAAACUGCUAGUCCGUCAAUGUAUCAUUAAAGCACCAAAACUGGUACUUCAAUGGACAAUCAAAUCACCAGAGCUAGUCCAUCAAUGUAUCAUUAAAGCACCAAAACUGGUAGUUCAAUGGACAAUCAAAUCACCAGAGCUAGUCCGUCAAUGUAUCAUUAAACACAAGAGCUAG